UUUCGUGGUUUUCGCUAUCGGUGAUCAGCUCGCAUUUUUGGUUUGGCGCGCUCUCGUGUUUGGUGGGAUCAACAGCAAGGAAGAGAGAAAAAUGGGGCUGACGUUCACGAAGCUUUUCAGCCGGCUGUUUGCCAAGAAGGAGAUGCGGAUUCUCAUGGUUGGUCUCGAUGCCGCUGGUAAGACCACCAUUUUGUACAAGCUCAAGCUUGGAGAGAUCGUCACCACCAUUCCCACCAUUGGAUUCAAUGUGGAGACGGUAGAAUACAAGAACAUCAGCUUCACUGUGUGGGAUGUCGGGGGUCAAGACAAGAUCCGUCCAUUGUGGAGGCACUAUUUCCAGAACACUCAGGGCCUCAUCUUCGUCGUGGACAGCAAUGACAGAGAUCGUGUUGUUGAGGCCAGAGAUGAGUUGCAUAGGAUGUUGAAUGAGGAUGAACUGCGAGAUGCAGUGUUGCUUGUUUUUGCUAACAAGCAGGAUCUGCCAAAUGCAAUGAAUGCUGCGGAGAUCACUGACAAACUUGGUCUCCACUCCCUCCGUCAGCGUCACUGGUACAUCCAGAGCACCUGUGCAACUUCCGGUGAGGGCCUUUACGAAGGUCUGGAUUGGCUGUCGAACAACAUUGCCAACAAGGCUUAAAUCUGGUGAUGUGGAUGGCAGUUCUGGAUGCAGGGGUGAAUGUUAUCUAGCUUCUUCUCCUCUCUUUUUGAUCUUUUACCGUCCUUUCUUUUCUGUUCUCCCCCUUCCUCCUUCGGAGACAUUUGGAUUUUGUUUAAGCAUAUUUUUACCCCUUGUGUUUUUACUUUUUUUGUUUCCCCGGAUCCCUUUGCUUUGUGGGGUGCCUUCUUUAUGUUA